AUAUCCUUCAAGUAGGAGUUGACGCAGCAAUUAAAUAUGGCGGAGUUAUUAGAGUACUUAUACCACCAAGUGUAACUAUCGCCAUUACUGAUAACGAAGUAAUACAGCAAUUUUUCAAAGACUCAAUAGUUAAGGCAGGUGAUUAUGCUUUUUUCAAACCAUGGCUGGGGACCGGUUUGUUGACAAACAACGGUCAAAGUUGGAAAUCGCGUAGAAAACUUUUGUCUCAAUGUUUCGGAAGUUUAGGUCUCAUGAAGGAUUUCAUCAAGGUUUUCGAAACAAGUGGACGACAUUUCAUGAACGAACUUGAGAGUAAGAUAGAUGAUGAAAACCUGGAUAUUAUUCCCAUAAUGAAGAAAUAUACGUUGAAUGUUCUGUGUGAAACAGCUAUGGGCGUGUCUCUUUCCUCAAGAGGAACCCAAGGCGAUUUGUACAUACAAAACAUCCAAAAUAUAUGUAAAGUGAUGAUAAACAGAUUCAAACUACCUUACGAACGAAUCCACUGGAUUUUUUAUUUCACAAAUGAUUAUAGAACCCAGCAACGAUCCAUUAAAAUGGUGAACUCCUUUUUUGACGAUAUUUUUGAGGAGAAACUAAGAAGGGUGGAUGAUGAAAUGGAAAUUGAUGGCAAACGUGCUCUGUUAGACGUUCUGAUACAGUUCCAUAAAAGUUCCAUUUUGACGAAGGAAAAUAUUCGAGAUGAAGUCAACACGUUCAUGUUUGGGGUGAGAGAAUGUGUGAUGGUUUCAAGUGAAGCUAAAUAUUCUGAAUCGCCCCGGAGCGAGAAGUAUUUAGAAUUGGUUAUUCUCGAAACUUUGCGGUUAUAUCCUCCUAUUCCUUAUUGUGGAAGAAAAGUAAUUGAGGAAACUGAUAUAGGUAAAGGUAUGGUUCUUCCGACGAAUCUUUCACUUGUGAUUUCAAUAUAUGGAUGUCAUCAUCUUCCCAAACAUUUUCGAGAACCCGAAAAAUUCAUACCGGAAAGAUUCGAAACCGAUGAAAUAUUACCCUACAGUUUUUUGCCAUUUGGGUUCGGCCCAAGGAUUUGCAUAGGAAAGAAGUUUGCAAUGCUCGAAAUGAAGACCACCCUAUCGAAGAUCGUUAGCAAUUUCAGAAUAUCACCAUCUAAACAGGAAUUCAAACCACAGUUAGUACCGGAAAUAACUUUGGCGUCCUUGAAUGGGUUGAGAAUAUCCUUGGAGAAACGGUAGCACUCCACCAACUACUCCAUGUGAACUGAAGUAACAUUGUGUUUGUUGAUUCAAAAUUAAAAUUUUAAGGCAAA